GCCUUUUCUGAGGAGGCAAGCGCCUGAAUAGAGCACAUGCAAUUUAAUGACUGCAACACCAUUCAUUCUGACAUUUUGGCAAGGCCAUGUCCCGAUAAUAACAGGACUUCCCGUUCAACCUUCAUCAUUGUGGCGAUACUUACGGUGUUUGAGCCCCGGAGACCAAGGGUCCGGUUACCAAUGGAGAGUUAGCAGGUCUGACACACGGCUCCGGAGUGCCUCGGGUCUGCUCGUCGCAAGGAAAGGCAACCCCGAAGAAAAUGAGAGAUAAAAGAGGGCGGCGUGUCGACACUAUUUCAUCGCGGAGACGAAUAGGCUGGCACGCGAGCCGCAGAGCGUCCCAUGUCGCAUGCGACCGGCAUAUUUGUCCUAUGCGUCUAGAUGGCGCCACGUUUGAUUCUGCAUGAUUGCUG